CCCAGGAAACCCAGGGCACCCUGGAGGCAAGCAGGGUGCUUUGUGGCAUGGGCCUCCACUGCAAGUUCCUCACGCCUCCGAGGGGCCAUGCGCCACGGCUCCGCCCCAGCGACGCGAGGCAGCGCGCCCGCUCGCCGAGGCACGCCCGCAGGGGCUGGGCCCCGGGCCCCGGCACGGUCGGCGCGGCUCGCGAGCACCGGCUCGAGGUGACCACCCGGCGCAGCAGAGUCGUCAAGCUCCGCGGCUCUGUCCGCGGCGGCGCCUGAGGCAGAUGGCGGCUCGUCUGUCAGGGCCACGACGCCAGCCUCGCCAGCUGCCGCGACGGAGACAGCGGCCAUCCGGCCGCCCCGCUUCGCUCGACAGCGAUCUGCACAUCCACUGGCCGAAACUUGAGGAACACACAAGCUGCCUGAGCAACAACUCUCGGAGGCCCGUGCGGAGUUUUGGAUCGGCGCUGGACCCCCUU